AGAAAACGGCCAAGCAGUGGAGCGUGCAGAUGUUUUCAUAAAAGCAUACUGCACGAAAGAUGGGACUCCUAUUAGUAAUGAAGUGCGAGACAAGAUUAAAUUUUAAACAACGGGGGCAAGCUAGUAGGAGACCAUCGCGAUGGAAUUCUCUGGGCAAAAGAUGAUGCGUUCGCUCAAGUGAUGGGCAAAGAACGUUCUGGACGUGUCCGUGGGGUCGGUUUUGGACCAACCCCAUCUGGAAGAAGUGGGUCCAACCUUCCAUGUGUGCCUGGGCCGUCGUCCACUGAAACGGUCCAACGAAUGAUUGCAUUGGAAAAUUCGAUGAGGGACCAACUUGCUGACUCAGAGCAAAGGCAUCAGCAGCAACUGGCCGAAGCACUGGCCGAAGCAAAGCGGGAGUCAGAUGCACGGCAUGAGCAGCAACUGGCCGAAGCAAUGCGCGAAUCAGAAACACGGCAUCAGCAGCAGCUGGACGAAACAAAGCGGGAAAUGGCCGAUACAAAGCGGAGAAUGGAUGAAAUAGUAGCCUUCUUCCAAAAGAACAUGCCACCAACCAGUUUAACCGAUUAUUCAGGAUAUAGCGCAACAUCAUAGUAUAAUAUCUUCGUGGACUCUUCAUGGACUCUUCAUGUAUAAUUGUUUGGAUAUUCGGAAUAUUGUAACUUCGUGGAUAUUGAAAAUAUUGUAAACAUAAUUGUAAUAUUGUUUGGACUCUUCGUGGACUCUUCAUGUAUAGUUGUUUGGAUAUUUAUUUAGAGAAAAUUAAUG